AUGGGGAUUCCUGAAUCCAUCGCGAAAGUGAUGUGCUGCAAACCGUUCAACGACCCGUCGUCGAUCCGUGUCAUCGGAUGCGUGAUUGGCGUCGUCGGCUCUUUGCUCGUCUAUGGGGUGUUGCAAGAGCGCAUCAUGUCGCAACCGUACUCGGACGCCGGGAAGGAUGAAUUUUUCUCCUACUCGGUCUUUUUGGUGUUAUCGAACAGAGUUUUGGGGUGUCUCAUGGCGGCGGUUAUUUUAGCGCUAACGAAAGGGAACGUCACUCCAGUGGCUGGGAUCCAUCGAUACGCGGUGGUGUCCUUGUCCAACGUCGUCGCGACGACGUGCCAAUACGAAGCGUUGAAGUAUUUAUCGUUUCCAGUGCAAACGUUAGGGAAGUGCGCGAAGAUGAUUCCGGUCAUGAUUUGGGGGUUUCUGAUCAACCAGAAGAGGUACGGGAUGUCGGACGUGGGGAUUGCGAUCGCGGUGACCGCUGGCUGUACUAUUUUUGGCUUGUACGGCGACGAGAGCACGUUGACGAGUAACGCGAGUAAAGGCGCGAACGUGCAGGAAACUUCAGAGUACGGAAUCUUGUUGAUGCUCGGGUAUUUGUUCUUCGACGGGUUCACGUCCACGUUUCAAGAUAAGUUGUUCGUCGGGUACAACAUGGAGACGUACAACCAAAUGUUGUGGGUGAACUUUUGCUCUGCGAUUAUUUCGGUGGUGUAUUUGUAUUCGGAUGGGUCUUUCCAAGACGCGAUUGCGUUCAUCGAGAGACAUCCGUUAAUUACGGGCGAUAUCAUGAUCUUGUCUAUCGCGGCGAUGCUUGGACAGUUGUGCAUUUUGUACACGAUUAAGGAGUUUGGCGCGUUGUUGUUCGCGACCAUCAUGACGACGAGACAGUUCUUGAGCAUCUUGUUGAGUUGCAUAGUGUUCAUGCACAUGUUGUCUCCGAUGCAGUGGUUAGGUACGGUGCUAGUGUUCGGUGCUUUGUAUUACAAGUCCUUCGCGAAAGCUGCGGGGUCGAAGAAAGCGGUAGACGGGGAGAAGGAACCGCUCAUUAGCGGCGGCGAGAACUCUGGCAAGGUGUGA